ACAUUGUAAUGGACGCGCCCAUUGAAUGAAACAUUCAAGUUAGACAUUACUACAGAAAUCUAAUUUCUUCUUUGGUGUUGAUCAGUGACAGUCCAUUUUUAAUAUUUGAUUUACCAGAUGAAAUGGCACAGACAUUUCGGAAGACAUUUUCUCUUCCAAAUUAUGAUGUAAUAAGAUGGUUUCCUGGUCAUAUGGCAAAGUCAAUGGGACAAAUGCAAUCACAAUUGAAGAAUACAGAUUGUGUGAUUGAAAUACACGAUGCAAGAAUUCCAUUCUCAGGAAGAAAUCCUAGAUUCAGUGACAUGAUUGCACUUAGACCUCAUAUACUGCUGUUGAACAAAUUCGAUCUAUGUAACAAGAGACUGAAAGGGGAAGUUUCAGACAAGCUUCACUGCAUGGGUGUUGAAAAUGUGCUUUUUACAAAUUGCUUAGAAUUUAGGACAAAGGAAAUACAAACUGAGUUAAUGCCAAUGAUAUUUAAUGCAAUUAAUUCAAGACCUAGGUAUAGGAAAAGUGUUGACUUUAAUAUCAUGGUGAUUGGGGUUCCAAACACGGGAAAGUCAACCUUUAUAAAUGCCUUCAGAAGAAUGCAUACUACUAGAAAGAGAAAUGUUGCUCAAACUGGAGCAAUAGCAGGAAUUACUAGAAGUGUUAAUAAUCGAAUUAAGGUACAUUUUAACCCAGACAUGUUCCUUGUAGACACUCCUGGCAUAUUGACACCUUACAUUCCUAACAUUGAUUCUGGAAUGAGACUGAGUUUAUGUGGUUGUUUACCUGACCAUCUUGUUGGGGAACAUUACAUAGUAGACUAUAUGUUGUAUUGGUUGAAUAAACAAAAACGUUUUAGUUAUAUUGAGAAGUUUGAAUUGCAAGAACCAACUGAUAAUGUCAUGUCAUUUUUGUCACACAUUGCCAAACAGCAAAACAUGGUAAAGAAAAUUAAAGAUAUUAAUAAUCCUCAAUUCCAACAUGCGUUUAAACCUAAUUUUGAACAAGCUGCUCAGUAUGCAUUGAAAAUAUUCAGAAAAGGUCAGCUUGGAAACUUUACAAUUGAUUCUGAUUUGUUAUGAUAAAUGGCUCAAUGUUACGUGCAUGUACAUGUACAUGUAACGUUAACAUGAUUAAAUCACAUAUAUGCAUGCAUGACAUGUUGGCAUUAAAUUUUUACAAACAUU